GCUUCAUUUUUGUUCCUAAAAACACAUGGGAACCAUAAAACACUUGUCCUAAUAUCUCCUAAACUUGCCCUUGUCAUUUUCCUCAAACCUUUAUUUCCACAGUGCUUUCAGAACCUAGAGGGACUUCAUGUCACUGCUGAGCCCCUUAGCCUCAUAUUUUUUAUUCUUUCCUUUCCAGCACCCAGGGAGGCAGGGGGCUCCCUUUAUCCAAGGAGUGGUUGUACAGGUGGCCACUACAAGUGGUAGGAACAACAGGCUGGGACCUCUUGAUGUCAGAAGUGAAUGGGCAGGUUGACUGACCACAGACAGUCUCUCAGCCAGGGCCCUGUCUGCAUCAGCAUGAACUCCAGGAUUGCACCUGCUAGGGGCUGGUUCAGCAGCCACCCACCCACCUCUGAGCCUGAUCUGGAACCUGCUACAGAAGGGUCAGCCUCUGAGACUACUACCCUCAGCCCAGAAGCUACCAGCUUGAAUGACACCAGAAUCCCUGAUGUGGCUGGUGGCGCAGCCAGUGUGGGUACCAUGCUACUGUCCCUUGGGAUCAUCACAGUGAUUGGCCUGGCUGUAGCCAUGGUUUUAUACAUCAGGAAGAAGAAGAGGCUGGAGAAAUUACGCCACCAGCUCAUGCCCAUGUACAGCUUUGACCCUACGGAGGAGCAAGAUGAGCUGGAGCAGGAGCUCCUGGAGCAUGGACGGGAUGCUGCCUCUAUGCAGGCUGCUGCCUGUGCUCAGGCCGCACAGGGCAAGGCCACUCUUCCUUCCCAGGGCCCACUGCAGAGGCCCAGCCGGCUGGUGUUUACCGACGUAGCCAACGCCAUCCAUGCGUGAGUGGCCUAGGGACACGCCUGGUUCUCUGAUAGAGAUACGUGUCAUGGUGCCCACAGAACUGCCCAGUCCCUGAUUGUCAAGACCUACUCUCAGGACCUGCCAAGAUGGGAAAGGGCCAGGCCAGGCUCCAGCUGUUCUGUGGACCCACCUGCUGACUCUCUAGUCUCUAAGAUAGGCAGGCUAGUCAUCUGAUCUUUCCUAACCUGAGGGCCCUUGCAUGUGGGGCAUCCCUUAUGGUGGGAAGGUCAAGAGCCACUGCUGGCUUUCCUGUCUCCUGUCUAGGCCCCUCAUAUCAGGGUCUGCUCCUCUAAUGUUGAGGAAAUGGAGGGAUGAGAGGGGAAAGGGGUUUGCACUCUGUCAUGGACAGAGACCUGUUUUUUGGAAUCAGGAGGCUUGUCUGGGAUGGGGAAAGGCAACCACCUGAAUCCUGGGGACAGAGUGGGGAAGAAUCUGUUAUGGGCCCUGAAAGCCCAGGAAUGAAGCUGAAACUGCCCAGUGGCAAGGAUGCCAGAAGAGGGGCUUUUCAUGAUUGAGGGCCAUCCAUACUAGAGGGUUCAUGAGGUCUCCUAGCCACCUAUCCCUGGCAGGGAUCCCUGUUUGCUGAGCCUAAACUAGGGUGGGAGCUGAGGGGGGAGGAAGUAGGGGAACAGAAGUGGAAGGAUACAGUCCCCAGACCUGCUGCAUGUGCAUGAUUGUUCCCACAGGCAGACUUAUUUUUAUGCCAGCAGCACAGAGGGCAGGAUGGAGAGCUUCUGCAUUGGCUCCACCCUCCAGGAUAGUGGAGCAUGGGGCAGGCUACUUUCUCUUCUCCCUUCAGUAUUCAGGGACUGCAGGGAAGAGGGAAGCAAGGCAGGGUUUCUUGCACUGUCCACUGCAUCUCUUCACAGGGUUCUAGAAGGCAGGCUCCCUUUCUGGGACUAUAUUGAGGACCUGGGGUUAGGAGAGGGGGCAGUUCUGAAUGCCUGAAAGAAGGUGGAGGAUUACCCCUUGGGAAAAGACCUAAAAAUCUACUCUAUUUUUUAAUUACCCCACCUCCAUCCCAUCUAUGGAAAGGGGCUCUCAGUGUUUAUGGAGUGGAGAAGGGGUCUUUGCACUUGGCGUCCCCAUAAGACUAGGAGGGUCAGGACUGAUGCCAGAGGCCAGGGGUCCUCAAACUUUUUAAA